GGUCCGACUCGUUACUACGAACGACGAUUAGUUUUUAGGAAUUUCGCUAGUGUUUUAAGAGAAAAAGAUGAUGCAGAGCCUUCGAGAGGGCUACAAAAGGGCGGUAGGUCCGACUAAAAGCGGGUCGAAGCAAAGCAGAGUCCUGCUGACCGCCCAGCAGAGACGACAAAACAGAUCUGACAAGUUCGCGGACAGCAGGAAUAUUAUGACAACAGAGGAAAAUAAUGCCAAGGCUGCAAAGCCGUCUUCCUCCAACUCAGCGUCUGCCGCGAAAGGAGUGGAAAAUGUGCCAAAGAGAAAGAACAUGGUUGAAUCUCUGCAGAAAUGGAGACAGGAAAAACAGAGGCAAAAGGAACUGCAGGCCAAAUACAAACGCCCUGAGUUUAAAGUGUCUUCUCACGUGGAAACCAAGUCAGCCAGUGACAUUUUCACCUCUACAAAGAAAGCGUCUGCUUUCAAAAACGUGCCACCAAAAAUUGUUUCAAGGCGAGAUAAUGCACCACAAAUGCAAACAGUCAUCCCAAGCAAAUUUCGCUUCAGAAGAAAUGACGAGAAUGCUCUCAUUUCAGAAUUUAAUGGCACCUUUGAGUUCGGUGGAGCUCAAUCAAAGAACCAGGCUAAGCCUCUGAUCAAGAGCUCCAUAAAGAAAACCGACAAGAAAGCAAAGCCGUCCGUUGAAUUCAAACCAGACACAUCUGCUACCCCUGCUGGUCCUCAAAGAAAGUUUCCAGUCACGCCAAAGCCGUUAAGCAAGUCUGGGCAAAACAUUAAAGCUGCUAAAUCUUCAAAAAGCCAACCAAGGGCCCCACUGAAGCAGUACCUUACUGAAGAUCCACUGACACCGUCUCCACCAAAGAAGCAACAUGUUGUUAUUGAGCCAACUCCCGCUGUUGAGGAAAUAGCCAAACCAGAGGAAAUAGUUGCAGAGACUGCGGAAGGGGAGCUGAGCACAGCUUACUUCCGGCAGAUUCUAGACAACGAAAUCAACAUUCUGGAACAGUUGUGCGUCAAGUGGGAACGAGAAAUGCGCGAGAAUGGCGAGAUGACAAGCACCGCCGAGGAGAAUGUGCUGCUGGCCACUGGAAUGGCUCGCCUGAUCAUCCGCGAGAAGUUUGCGCAGUUCCGCGGCCUCAUUGACAACUGUGAUCACCCGGAAGACACAAAGACUAGGACCCUGCUGACGGACCUGCAGGGCUUCUGGGACAUGAUCAAGAUCCAGUCUGACAACAUCCAGGCCAGUUUCGACGCUUUGGAGAAGCUGAAGCAGAAUGGUUGGCAAGAAGAGCAGGUGGUCGUCAAGAAGGCUGCACCCAAGAGGAAGAAGAAAGCACCAGCCAAACCAGUUGCCAGCUCCAGGAUGACACAGUUUCUGGCUCAGAAGAAAGCUGAGAAAAUGGCUCAGACCACAAAGAAAACUCCAGACAUGAAAAUGAAGGGUGCAACACCUAAAAGUUCAGCCAAAAAGUCAUCCAGCUCUGGCAGAAAGAAAAAGUGCUCUCCAAAUGUCAACGCUCUUGUGACAGUUUCGCUGAUAGCAAAGUCGGCUGAGAGAAAAAGCCUGGAUCGCUCAGCAAACAAGUCCUUGAAUGAUAGUGUUCUGGACAAUUCCACAACCGAGUUUAAGCACCAGAAACCUCGCACUGAGACUCCGUCACGCAGCAUCCUGAAGAAGCCAGAACUCACUCCAGGCCUUGAGAAAAACAGGAAGUGCGUCCUCUUCGAUAUGAUUGCUGAGGAGCCUGAAGAGGAAACGCUUGAGCUGCCUCCAGUGAUGCGGACAUACUCAAACAAGGCGUCAACAGUGUCUCCGCCCAAGGACACGUUUGAUCUGCUCCUUGACAGUGUAACCAGCUCCACCCCUGUGGCAAAGAGCACUCUUCCUCUGGUUCCUGUUGUGGAAGUUCAGAAGAAACGCAGCUUUGCCAAGUCUCCCCAUCCUCGUCGCCGCAGUUCCAGGCUUUCAGGACAAACCAUUGAGCAAGCUGUUGAAAACGUGAUCGCGUGUAGUGAGGAGUCUUUAAACACUACUCAAGAAGCUGUACGCAGAGAGUCGCGUCACACGAAUUCCAAGUGCGAAAGCCUUGAUGCCACCAGAGAUGAUUCAUUCGUGAGCAAGAGGAGGUCAAGCAGGAAGCGUACAAAUGUUGACGAGGCUGCAGGGAUGGAUUUCAUGACUUUCGAAUCUCCUGGCGCUGAAGUUCCAGUGAAAAGGAGGAAAUCUUCCAGAGUCAAGAAGACACUGCUGGACCAGUCUCUGUGAAACAGGGCAUCAGAACA